AUGGCAGCCAGUGCGCAAAACUUGCUAGCAGAUUUAAGAUUCCCCGACGAUUUACUUCAGGUGUUCAGAGAUAAUUCAAAAUGCGGGAUCACUCUGUAUGAGUUGGUAUCCACAUCGUUCGAAGAUUUUAAAAACAAAUUGGAAUCAACAUCAGUUCAAUGGAAGUAUGAAGUACUUUUCGAUAUUAUUGACGGUUGGAGGAAGCGAAAUAAAUUGAAUGUUGUGCAAACAGCUCCAAAACCGUUGACCGCUAGUGCAUAUUUAGCACCAGUACCUCGAUCCAUACCUGUCACCGGAUCCAUUGUGAUAAACAACGAAACACCGGAGGAAUUACAGGCCAAGACGGAAGUUGUCGAAGUUGUUGAUACAUGUUCUCACUCAGCUCAGUCUGCAGUUUGUCUCAGUUAUGUGCCUCCAGUUGCGGCAAGCGACGAGUUCACAGUAGCUGGUGUCUCAGAAGAGCUUGCAGAAUGUUCCAAUUUCUCACCGGAUUCUUGUUUGAAAGAUAAACAGACGGCAGAAGCUCCCAAGCUAACAUCUGCGGAAAACGGCGAAUGUUUAGUGCAGGCUGGUGUUUCGGGAUAUCUCGGUAAACAUUCUCAAUCCCUUCCGCAGGCUACAGUACCUGUCGCUCCUAUUUCUUCGGUGACAGAAUCUGGUACGGAAGACAAGCCGGUGGCAGAGCUAGAUGUAGCAACACAGAGCAGCGUAUUUUCAGCAAGCACUCUUCUUACGCUCUUGGAAGCUACCAUAGAAGGAAAGGAUAUUAUCGAGAAAGCGAAAAUUGGUGAACUUUCAGAACCCAAACAGUUGCAAUUAUCAACAACUAUCGCCAAGUUUCAUCUACAGCAUAAGUCCAGACUCCGAACAGAAGAUUUGGAGACAUACGCCGAAGCUAUCACAAUCUUAUUCAAGUUUUUAGAGAAAGGACAAUUAUUAGGCCGAGGCGGCGAUCGUCGCAACCAUGCUGGUAAAAUAGCAAAUAAAAUUGCAAAUCUGAAGCACAAAACACGUAAAACCGAAAUUAAAGAGCACGAACACGCUAAAAGUUUGAAAUUGUGUGCUGUUCAUCAACCCCAUGAAGAACCAGAAGCUCAAGAUGCUGUAAACUGGUUAAUUUUGAAUCAGCACACAUGGGAUUCUGUUUUGCAUAAAUGGCCUCUGAGUUUUAAUCACCGGAAACAAUAUUUGAAAUCUGCUAGUCUCGUUGAACGGUUGCUUACUACAUAUUCGCAUUAUAAAUCAGCGCACGGAUAUCAACUAAUCGACAUUGAUUAUCGUCUCCUAAAGGUUGGUGCAACGGAUGGAAUCGAUAAACUGGAUUCGAUUACUCCAGCGAUUGUAACGUACAUUGCUCGAAAGGGAACCGAUCCAUCGGUUGUCAAACUUGUAAAACAUCUAACGAAUAGCAGCACCAACAAAGACGUUAAACUAUGCGCUCUUCUACUUGGCUUGAGCACGGUUUUGCCACCUCUUAUAGUUGGACGACGGUUCAAACCAACUAUUUAUAUGGCACAGCAUGACACGAUUCUCUUCGUCGAAUCCAUCGAAGAAAUAACUGCGAAAGUUCAAGAGACGUAUGCAUCAUAUGCAGAAAGAAAAAUAGCGGUUGUUCCAAAGCUGGUUGUACUCGGAACCGGAAUAGAUAAUAUCGAAGGACGUUUCUUCGUGUGUUUUUCGGACGUCUGUUACGAACUACCAUCUAUCGCUAGAGCCACGGACGUGCUGAUAAAACUAUCAGUUGUUUUUGGUUUUUUGGUAGAUUUAUACCUGGAACAUAUCAAAGAGUAUCAUCGUGUACCGGUGGUCUACCGGUACGAAUGUACUGGACCAUUAUGUAGACUAGUUUUUUCGAAAUUUUACCCGUUUAAAAAGCAUCUGAUGUUACACUCUGUUCCACAUCAAAAAGAGAAGAGCACCAUCAGUGAUAUUCCUAUCGACGAAGAUAGAAAUUAUUACAACGCACAUUGCAGCACCAGUCCAAAAAAACAGAAGUGUGGCGAAACGACGGAAUACGCAGAAAACAUUGAGAUUACAGAUAAACGUGACGCGGUAGACUAGGCAGCUUUAAUGUUUACGGUUGGUUUACACAACAAAAAUAACAUCACUAGAAAAGAUGUGUAUGAUAUACAGCGGAAAGCAGGUCUCAUAUUUUCGGAGCUAGGUCGCCUCCUAUCCGAUUUGAAUAUGACGUCAGACAAUAUUGAUGAUGCAUUUAAUUUUAAGAAUUACUUACAGAAAAUGACAAAUAUUUUC